AUGUCGAGGUCACAUAUGACGGUUCGCCUUGGCACGAGUGACGACCUGGACAGUCUUGUCGAUCUUGGCCUGGAGGCUAUGCCCAUGGAUCCGCAGUGGGAAUACCGUUACCCCCAUCGGUUUGAAUAUCCUGACGAGCAUCGCAUUUGCACCCGUCGCCGUGACUGGAAUCCGAGGCACGUCGAGGCGUUCCCCCGCGCAGUCCGUGCCGCUUCAGAUGAGAAGUUCGAUUCAAGAUACGGCGAGAAACAAGUUCAUCUCCAAAUCCUUGGUACACAUCCAGACUACCAGCGAAGGGGGGCAGCGUCAACUCUCCUGCGCUAUGGAAUACAGCAAGCCAGGGAAGAGAAACUUCCUAUCACACUUCUUGCUUCUCCCAUGGGCCAGCCAUUGUAUGCAACCUUUGGAUUCGAAGAUCGCGGGAAGGUAUUUGUGCAGCUAGAUGGCGAGGAGGACAAGGUAACACUGGACGCUAUGGCAUUGGAAGUAGCUAAAUGA